AAUAGAGCAAUUUAAGAGAAUGAAGGGUUUUGGAAUUGUAGUAAUUGCUUUGGCUUUCCAAUCUUUUAUGGCCUUUUCCUUUGAUCCUAGUCCUUUACAAGAUUUUUGUGUUGCAAUUAAUGAUGCUAGAUCUCCCUUAUUUGUGAAUGGGAAGUUGUGCAAAGACCCGAAAUACGCCGUGGCGAAUGAUUUCCUAUUCCAAGGGCUAGACAUUGCGGGAAACACAGUGAAUCCAAACGGCUCAAACGUGACACUCGUAAACGUAGACAAGCUGCCCGGCCUCAACACUCUCGGCGUCUCCUUGGCUCGGAUCGAUUACGCUCCAUACGGCCUAAACCCACCGCACACCCACCCACGCGCCACCGAAAUCCUCGUGGUCAUGGAAGGCACACUCCUGGUUGGCUUCGUGACCUCCAACCCGGACAACAAGCUGUUCUCCAAGCUUUUGUACAAAGGAGACGUGUUCGUGUUCCCUGUCGGGCUCAUUCACUUUCAGUUCAAUGUCGGGCGUGCGCCCGCGCUUGCCUUUGCUGGUCUUGGCAGCCAAAACCCUGGCGUUAUCACCAUUGCCAACGCUGUGUUUGGAUCCAAGCCUUUGAUUCCUGUUGAUGUUCUUGAGAAGGCUUUCCAAUUGGAUGCUGAUGUUGUUGCCUAUCUUCAGCGCCGGUUUGGGGAGCCCUCUAAUUACUAG